CCUUGGUGGAGAUCAGGCUUCUGGCUUUGCGGCAGCGUCUGGGCGGGAAAGUGCCCGGCUGUCGGUUGGAGACGGGAUUCGAGCCCCGCCCCCCCGGCCCGCCCUUCCUCGCUCUCGGGAGGCGUGUUCCGGACUCCCGGGCCCAGCGCUGGACGCCGGUUAAGACCGCACUCCCCGUCGCUAGUGCCAUGGAGGCGGCGGUGGAGGCAGAAGUUGAAAACGAGGACGGCGUCAGCAGCUGCGGAGAUAAAUGCUUCAUGGACAAAGGCCUGCGGAGCAUAUCAGAAUUAUCUUUAGAUUCAACCCUUCAUGCCAUCAAUCUUCAUUGCAAUAACAUCUCCAAGAUCGAAGCCAUUGAUCACAUUUGGAACUUACGACACUUAGAUCUGUCAUCUAAUCAAAUAAGUCAAAUUGAAGGACUAAACACACUGACAAAACUAUGCACUUUAAAUUUAUCCUGCAAUUUGAUCACAAGAAUAGAAGGACUUGAAGAACUAAUUAAUCUGAGUAGACUAAAUUUAUCUUAUAACCACAUAAGUGAUCUUAGUGGGUUGAUCCCCCUUCAUGGAAUUAAGCAUAAACUUAGAUAUCUUGACCUACAUAGUAAUUGUAUAGAUAGUAUUCAUCACUUACUUCAGUGUACAGUAGGAUUACACUUUUUGACCAAUCUUAUUUUGGAGAAAGGUGGAGAUGAUAAUCCUGUCUGUCGUCUACCAGGGUACAGAGGAGUUAUUCUCCAGACUUUGCCACAGCUUAGAAUCCUAGAUUGUAAGAACAUAUUUGGUGAAAUGGUAAAUACAACAGAAAUAAAUUCAUCAUGCCUGCAGAGCUUAGAAGGUCUUUUGGAUAAUUUAGUCUGUUCUGAUUCUCCCCUCAAUAUAAGUGAAGAUGAGGUCAUUGAUAGUAUGCCGGUGGUAACAGCACCCAUCGAUGAGUUGGCUCCCUUGGAGCAGUUUGCAAGUACACCAACAGACACUGUUUUGCCAUCUUUUAUAUCUGAAUGUCCAUCUUUAGAGCCAGAGAAAAUUAAUCAUGAAAGCGAUUUUCAGAAUGAGAUGAAACUUCAGAAAUUAGAUAAUCAAAUUUUACAGCUUCUCAAUGAAACUUGUAAUUCAAUAGAUAAUGUUCCCGAGAAAGACCUCAGACCAAAAAGAGACACAGAUAUAACUUCUGACAGUGACUCUGGAAACAGAAAAGAAUGCAAUAGAAAAGUUCCUCGGAGAUCGAAAAUCCCAUAUUACAACAAAACUAUUCAAACUAUUAAGCAUCACAGUAAAAACUACAACUCUUUUGUAAGUUGUAAUCGUAGAAUGAAACAACCUUACUUUAAAGAUUUAUAUGUAAGAUCAUCUUUAGCAAACUGUCAUACAUUACAAGAAUUAGAAGAGCCAAAGACUGAAAUGAUUAAAGUAGACAGAAGUGGCUCAGAAGACAAUACUUACCGGUCUCUUGUUGAACAGCUAGACCAAGAGAGAGAAAAGAGAUGGAAAGCUGAGCAAACUGAAAGGAAACUUAUGGAUUAUAUUGAUGAACUGCAUAAACAUGCAAAUGAAAAACAGAAUGUUCAUAGCCUGGCUCUACUUACCACAGAUAGGCUAAAGGAAAUUAUUUUUAGAGAGAGAAAUUCCAAAUCACAACUCGAAAUUAUGGUUCACAAACUUCAAAAUGAAAUUAAAAAACUAAGUAUUGAACUAAUUAAAGCAAGAGAUCAACAACAGGAUCAUCUUAAACAUUUAAGAACCCUGGAAAAAGCAUUAGAAAAAAUGGAGAGACAAAAAGGGCAGCAGCAGGCUGCACAGAUCAGACUUAUUCAAGAGGUAGAGCUCAAAGCUUCAGCUGCUGAUAGAGAAAUAAACUUACUUAGAACUUCCCUUCAUCAAGAAAAGGAACAAGUACAACAGCUUCAUGAACUUCUUGCAUUGAAAGAACGGGAACACAGGACAGCACUUGAAACAAGAGAAUAUUUUAGUGAUGCAGAGUUCCAGGAUGCCUUAGCUAAAGAAAUAGCCAAAGAAGAGCAAAAGCAUGAGCAAGUUACAAAAGAAUAUCAAGAAAAAAUUGAUGUAUUAAACCAGCAGUAUAUGGAUUUGGAAAAUGAAUUUCGUAUUGCUUUAACUAUUGAAGCCAGAAGAUUUAAAGACGUUAAAGAUGGUUUUGAAAAUGUUGCAACUGAGUUAGCAAAAAGCAAACAUGCUCUUGUUUGGGCUCAACGAAAAGAAAAUGAGUCUUCCUCUUUAAUUAAAGAUCUGACCUGUAUGUUGAAGGAACAAAAAGCAAAACUCGCAGAAGUUUCUAAAUUGAAACAGGAAACAGCAGCAAAUUUACAGAAUCAAAUCAACACCAUUGAAAUUUUAAUUGAAGAUGACAAGCAGAAGAGUAUUCAAAUAGAACUUCUCAAGCAUGAAAAAAUGCAGCUUAUUUCCGACCUAGCAGCCAAGGAAUCACUAAUUUUUGGUUUAAGGACUGAAAGAAAAGUAUGGGGACAUGACCUGGCACAACAGGGGUCUUGUCUAGCCCCAAAUCAUGGAAAAUUGGAGGCCCAAGGUGAAAGUGUAUGUAAAGAGAACGAAUCUCUGCGAAAGGAAAAUGAAAGUAAUUGUGAUGCAUUAAGAAUAAAGUGCAAAAUCAUAGAAGACCAAACUCACACCAUUAAAAAAUUAAAAGAUUGUUUACAAGAAAAAGAUGAACACAUCAAGAGAUUACAAUUAAAGAUCACUGAAGUAGAAAAAUGUACUCAAGAACAACUUGAUGAAAAAUGUACACAGCUAGAUAAUGUACUUGAGAAAUUGGAAAAGCACAAUGAAAGGAAAGACAAGCUAAAGCAACAGUUGAAAGUAAAGGAAUUAGAACUUGAAGAAAUUAGAAAAGCUUACAGUACACUUAAUCAGAAGUGGCACGAUAAAGGAGAACUUCUGUGUCACCUUGAAACACAAGUAAAAGAAGCGAAAGAAAAAUUUGAAAACAAGGAAAAGAAACUUAAAGCAGAAAGAGACAAAAGUAUUGAACUACAAAAGGAUGCAGUAGAAAAGCUUCAGAGUAUGGAUGACGCCUUUAAAAAACAAGUUGAUGAAAUUAUUGAAACUCAUCGGACUGAAAUUAAACAACUGGCAUGUGAAAAGCAACAAUGUAUAGAUUCUGCAAAUUUAAAGGUUUACCAAAUUGAAGAAGAAAUGCGUGGACUUCUGGAGGAAACAUGCAAGAAUAAAAAAACAAUGGAAGCAAAAAUUAAGCAACUUGCUUGUGCUCUAAGUGAAAUUCAGCAAGAUAUGUGAUGGUUCUGAGAAUGAAUUUAAUUGAAAUGGACCGGCAGACCUAUUGUAAAAAUGAUUAAAUAUUGUAAUAAGUAGUAACUGCUAUGACUUUGAAAUGUCUCUUUCUACACAUUUUAUUAUGAAUAUAUUUUAAAAGACUUUUGAUCAAAUCAAGUAUUUAUUGUAUACGUAGGUUCUUAUAAUAAAUUGUUGAUAAUUAUCUGUACUAGAAAAACCUAUCAUUAUAACUAGACUUACAACACUUUUUUUUGUUUCUGUGCUAUACAUUGUUUGAUGAUUACACAUUUGCCUACAGAUUUAUAAGUGAAAAGAUUAGUAUUUUGACUAUAUGAGGGAAAAUAUUUUAAUCAUUAUCUUACUGUGUUGAUGAAGAACUAAUUAUAUUUAAUGGUUGUCAUUUAGUUAAUGUAGUUCCAUUUUUUUAAAGUGCUUAUAAGUAUAGCCAAAAAGCAUUUGAAAUCUGUAUGAUAAAAGAUGUGGCAUUCUUAAGAUAGCAUGUAUAGCCAUCUUUACAUCACUCAUAAUGACCCCUUUUUUAUAAUGCAUAUGACUUUUUAUUAAAAAUUACAUUUAAGGUUU